GCUAGAUAACAUACAGAAAGACGUCGACAAAAGUAUAAAACGCAGACGGACGGCGCUUCUACGGAAACUCUUCCACGCAUCUCGCAUCUGAAGACGACAGAACACCACGAGUUCCCUCGGCUUGACUACUACAUCAACGAUCAGAAUGGCGAUUAUCCAGAUCCCCAGCGAGUACGGCUACGUCCUCGCCGCCUGCGUCUCCACCUUCUUCGUCGGCGCCUGGCACGGCGGCCGCGUCGGCGGCUUCCGCAAAGCAGCCAAGAUCCCCUACCCCUACGAAUACGCGUCGUACGAACAAGUGCAAACCGCGUCGCCGCAAUCCAAAGCCGCAAUGCUGGCCUUUAACUCGGCGCAGCGCGCGCACCAGAACUUCAACGAGAACCACGUCACCGCCCUCGGCGCCAUGCUCAUCAGCGGACUGAGAUACCCUGUUGCGGCGGCGGUAUUGGGCGCGGUGUGGAGUGUGAAUCGUGUGGUUUACGCGGUGGGUUACACCAGGAGUGGCGAGGAUGGUGGCAAAGGGAGGUACUAUGGCGCGCUGUGGAUGAUUGCGCAUUAUGCCAUGGUGCUUAUGAGUGGCAAGGCGGCUUAUGAUCUUGUCAUGGCUUAAGUGGCUGGGUAUGUGGGUACACGCACGUUGCACGGAAGAGGAAGCGGAACGCUGGAUUGGAGAUGUUCUGGAAUCUACUUGAGGAUGUUGAAAAAUAUGUCUUGGUACUCCACGGAAAGGCGGCCAUCUGCACCUCGUCAGAUAUUGACUUUGUGUGAACUGCGAUGGGAAUAACCCGCUUAAUACGAAGAUGGCAUG